AUGUUGAACAAACCAACGACAUUUCCAAUUUGUACAAUUGCUAAUACACCAAGAUUACCUGAACAUUGUGGCCCAAAUGACAUAUAUGGGGCGUUUGCUACAUUAUUACAAGCAGCACAAGAUGAUCCAGAGGAUGUUAGACCUUUGGUUGAUGGUGGUACUGAAGGUUUCAAAGGCCAAGCACGUGUGAUCAUUCCUACAGUUACUUCAUGUUAUGAGUGCUCACUUGACAUGUUGAACAAACCAACGACAUUUCCAAUUUGUACAAUUGCUAAUACACCAAGAUUACCUGAACAUUGUAUUGAAUGGGCAUUUGUUUUACAAUGGCCUAAAUUGCGUGAAGGUGUAAAAUUGGAUACAGAUGACCCAUCACAUAUUCAAUGGGUAUAUGAGACAUCACUUAAUCGAGCAAAAGAAUUUAACAUUAAAGGUGUUACUUAUUCUCUUACUCAAGGUGUAGUGAAAAAUAUUAUUCCAGCAAUUGCAUCUACAAAUGCUGAAACUUUUACACCCGCUACUCUUUUCAUUAUAAAUUCAGCUGCAACCUUUGCUUUAGGACUUCCAACAUCAGCAGGCCUGUUUAAUCAAAAAAAAUUCCUUGUUAAUAUAUAUUAUUUGUCCAUAUCAAUGACUUCAAUAUCCUUGAAACCAGUGAGUGCCAAAUUUUUCAAUAUCUCACAACCAAGACCACCAGCUCCAAUAACAAUCGUAAAACUAGGAUCUGUGAAAGGUCCACGUCGAUCUAAAAUUUUGUUAAUGUGA